ACUUAUUAAAUAGAUAGGAACGUGUUCCGUCAAAUAUACUUCAAACAGACAUAAACAAUGGGCCCUAAAUUUGAUCCGACUGCUAUCGCAUAUGUGUUUGUGAGAUGCUACGGAGGUGAAGCUCCGGCUACUGCUUCAUUGGCUCCCAAGAUUGGUCCUUUGGGUCUGUCGCCCAAGAAAGUAGCCGAUGACAUCGUGAAAGCCACGGCCAAAGACUACAAGGGUAUCCGUGUGACAUGCAGACUAACGAUCCAGAACCGACAAGCGAGAGUAGAUGUCAUACCCAGUGCUUCAUCACUCAUCAUCAAAGCCUUAAAAGAGCCUAUAAGAGAUAGGAAAAAAGUCAAGAAUAUCAAACACAGCGGAAACUUGACUCUUCAGACGAUCAUUGAGCUGGCCAGGACUAUGCGAGCCCAUGACAGAUCAAGAUCAAUCGAGCUGUCGGGAACUGUAAGGGAACUCUUGGGAACUUGUCAAAGCGUAGGUUGCCUUGUGGAAAAGGAGCCUCCUCACGACAUCAUUGAGAAGAUCAAAGAUGGAGAAAUUGAAAUCCCUGCUGAAUAAACUGCCUGGAUUUUAAGGUUUUGAGUUAAGUGACUCACUAAAUUUGGAUAUUGCUAAUUUAGUGAAAAUUUAAUUUUUGAAACCAA